CUCUUCCUACCUGGCUGGCGGAGGAGGCUGCCCUUCGGCUUCCACAGUCGGUGGAGACGGCGGCAGCAGUUUCUUUCCUGUGUCUGGCCAGAUGGGUUUCUCCGAAAUUGAUCAGAUGGCGGUGACGACGACGCCGUUUUGUCCUUCAGAAAUCACCUCAAACCUAGAGUUCCAAUCAGGUUAUAUUAUAAUAUUUAUAAAUGGAGUUCCAACAGAAGUUCCAAAAGGGGCAGUGGACAUAAAGGCAAUGUUUGGAGAAGAGGCAGUGUUGGUUCAUUCAUCAGGACUCCCAGUUCUUACCAAUGAAUUUGGAAUCUCUCUCCACAGUUUGCAGCAUGGUGAAAGCUACUUUCUGGUUUCAAGACCGACAUGAGUUAGGAAAUAAAGCAGCAGCAGCAGCAGCCUACCAACAAGAACAAAAAUUUCAAAAGAGAUCUCAG